GUGCUUGGUGUGGAGAUUUAGCUGUUUGUCUACUCGUAACUUGAUGCAAGUCAUGUGUUAAAUACUUAUAUGCUCAGCUGAAAAGUCAGUUGCCCUUCUUCAAGCAGCUCUCAGGAAGACCAGUGGGUCUAUUGGGACCAAGAAGUGAGAAAAACAUCAUCAAGCCUCACGGCAAAGAUAUCUGUACAUUGUCUGCCUGUAACCUGACAAAAGAAAGGAAUGGGCUGUAACAGAAACUGUGGGCUCCUCACUGGGGCCAUCUUUGGUGCUGUGUUGGCUAUCUUUGGAGGAAUUCUGAUACCAGUUGGAGAUAACCUCAUAGGCAAAGCAAUAAAAAAGGAAGCUGUCAUUGUCAAUGGUACCAUUGCUUUUCAAAAUUGGCUUGUGCCAGGAAGUUCAGUUUACAGGCAAUUUUGGAUUUUUCAUGUACAAAAUCCUUCAGAGGUAUUAGAGACAGGAGCACGUCCAAAACUUGAACAAAGAGGACCUUACACAUACAGGGUGCGAUAUUUACCCAAAGAAAAUAUCACAGAAAACUCUGAUGGCACAAUAUCCUACAUGUUGCCUAACAUUGCUCGUUUUGAACCUGAUAUGUCUGUUGGGACAGAAAAUGAUACCAUCACCUGCCUCAACCUUGCUGUUGUUGCUGCACCUGCCUUGUAUACAAACACUUUUAUACAACUACUAUUAAACACUUGGAUUAAAUCUUCUAAGUCAUCCAUGCUGCAGAACAGAACAGUGAAAGAAAUACUGUGGGGAUACAAAGAUCCCUUCUUAAACAAGGUCCCCUUCCCCUUGGACCCAGUACUAGGAGUCUUCUACCCGUAUAAUGGGACGUUCGAUGGACUUUACAAAGUGAAUACUGGGCAAAACGAUAUUAAAAAAACAGCAAUAAUUGAAAGCUAUAAAGACAAAAGGAAUCUCUCAUAUUGGGAAGGUCACUGCGAUUUGGUUAAUGGCACAGAUGGAGCAUCAUUCCCACCGUUUGUUAAGAAGGAUCAGGUACUGCGCUUCUUCUCCUCUGAUAUUUGCAGAUCAAUCUAUGGAGUUUUCCAGGGCGAGCAGAAUGUGAAGGGAAUCUCGCUGUAUCGUUUUGCAGUUCCUCGUGAAGCAUUUGCAUCACCUGCUGAAGUCAGCGAUAAUUAUUGCUUCUGUACAGAUCAAGUCAUAUCAAAGAACUGCACAUUAGCUGGAGUCCUAGAUAUCAGUGCCUGCAAAGCAGGAAGACCGGUAUUUAUCUCUCUUCCUCAUUUUCUUCAUGCAAGUGAGUCUAUAUUGCAUGAUGUUGAAGGCCUGAGCCCAAAUGAGCAGGAGCAUGAGACAUUUCUAGAUGUAGAGCCUAUCACUGGUUUUACACUACAGUUUGCAAAAAGGCUGCAAGUAAACCUCCUUGUGAAGCCUGCAGCAAAAAUUGAAGCUUUAUCAAAAGUUCAAAAACCUUAUAUUUUUCCUCUUCUUUGGCUAAAUGAGUCUGCUGUUAUCGGGGAUGAGAAAGCAGAAAUGUUCAGAAAUAAAGUCACCGGUCGGGUCCAGAUGUUGAAUAUGCUGCAGAUGGUGUUAAUGAUUGCAGGUUCCGUGCUGUUCAUCGCAUUCAUGGGUUCCUACUUCAUAUGCAGAUCAAAGAAAUUAAAAUAAGUAAUAAAAGACUUCAGAAGUAGUCAGUGUUUAAUAGAAAUUUCAGCCAAGCAGCAUGUUAAAAUUCAGAGACAGAAGGUAUGAUUCAAGACACAGCCAGUCCUACAUGGUAUGGAAUUCAACAUGUUUUUCCAUUUUGAGAAGACCAACUCAUUAACACAAAUGAGCUGAUGUUUCCAAAGGUCCACACUUCUGAUAUCACUAAAAAGGUCACCAUGGAAACUACGCUUUCAAAUAACUUUGGUUAUUUGAACCUUGUUACACAUUUUAAAUGACAUUCAAGCAGACUGAAGUUGAGGUUCAUUCGGAUUUUAGUCCACCUUUUGCCAUUUAUGCAACUUGCUACUUUUUUUCUUCUGGGAUUGCAAGACAAAUGAAAGCUGUUUGCUGAUCUUCUGAGCACAGGCUGGGAAUGACAACACCCUUGAGCUCAUGCUGUGCUCUAGAUGCUCUCAUUGCAAAAUUUCUUUCUGUUCCUUCAAGGAAUGGAAGCUGCUGCAAUAGAACUGCUCUCUGUCCUCUAUUCAGGGAUGUGAAUUGCGUUGAAUGUGAAGUUUAUUAUGUAAAGUUACUAACUGUAAUACAUGAAGUUAAUAAAAGACUUAC